AAGAAGAGUCGCAUAAAAAUACUACUACGAAGGGAAAAAUCAGGUCGUGAAGAAAAUUGCUAAAGAAAAAUUAAAUUUUUUGCAUAAAGAAGUGAUUAAAACAUAUUGAAAAACAUUGCAAAAUAAAAGUGAACGUCUAAGAAGAUAAAACGUUUAAUAAUUGCAAAUAAUUUGCCAACCAUAUUAUCACCAUGACGGUGACAAAUGGAGAAGGCAAUAGCGCUGGUGGUGAUGGUGGCGCUGUGAGACCGCGUUGUUUCUUCGAUAUUGCUUUGGAUAGGCUGAAUAUAGGUCGUAUAGUUUUUGAAUUGUAUUCGGAUGUGGCACCUAAAACCGCGGAAAACUUUCGUGCCUUGUGUACCGGCGAAAAAGGCGUAGGCAUUGUUACCGAAAAGCCAUUACAUUACAAGAAUGUCAUAUUUCAUCGAGUGGUCAAAGAUUUUAUGAUACAAUCGGGUGAUUUUUCUGCUGGCAAUGGUACGGGAGGCGAAUCGAUUUAUGGCGGAACAUUUGAGGACGAAACAUUUGAUAUAAAACAUGAUCGUCCUUUUUUGUUGUCCAUGGCCAAUCGUGGCAAAAAUACCAAUGGUUCACAAUUCUUUAUUACUACACAACCUGCUCCACAUUUGGACAAUGUCCAUGUUGUUUUCGGUCACGUUGUAUCGGGACAAGAAUUAGUACGUCAAAUUGAAGAUUUGCCAGUUGAUCGCAAUUCAAGGCCACUGCAAGAUGUCGUUGUAGCUAAUUGUGGUGAAUUGAUUAAGCAAAUAAAGAUUAAAAAAGAUAAGAAGAAAAAGAAACGCGCCGCAUCUUCAGAUGAUGACAAGUCGGCCAGUGAAUCCGAUGAUGAGAAGUCAAGCAAGCGUAAGGACAAAAAGAAGAAAAAGAAGCGGUCCAAAUCCGAGGAAAAAGAUAAAUCUAUUUCUGACAAAGAAACUGAAGAAGGUGAAGCAUCUGAUCUUGACGAGGGUGAACUGCAUCCAUUGGUAACGGUUACCAAGAUUGAUCCAUCUGAAAUUCCAGAGGUCUCUAAUAAGUUUCUACUACGUGAUGAUGGAUCUAAACGCAAUCACGAUAAGGAAGAUCGUCGUGGUAAUUCUCGUGAACGUGCAGGAAAGGCUGAAGGACGUAAUGCUUUCGGUUGGUCUAAGAAAAACGUUCCCACAUCACGUAGUGGUCGUAUUAUCAAGGGAAGAGGAGUUUUCCGUUUUCGUACUCCAUCACGUUCUCGUUCGCGCAGUACAACUCCACCACAUUGGAAAAGAGCUCAAAACCGCACUAUAAAAAUGUCGGAUCUUGAAAAAAUUGAAGAAGAGAAGAAAAUACGUGAAGAGGAAAUACGACGACGAGAAAUUGAGCGUAAAAAGCGGCACGAAGAAGCCGCUAAAAAUCCCAAGAAAUCGUUCUUUGAAUUAUCCCAUGCCAGUUCAUAUGGAGGAAAAAAUACCGACGAUGGUUCCCCUGAUCGCAGGGAUGACAACCGCAGACGUCGCGAUGACCGCGAACAUGAUGAUAAGGGCAGAGAUAGAGAGCGCACACGUGACCGUGAAAGAGAUAGAAAUCGUGAUCCAGAAAGAAAUCGUACCACUUCAAAGUCUAAUAAAGAGGACGAAAUGCCGCCACGCAGCAAAGAACGUAAGAAGUCAGUGGAUUUAAAUGCUUUGGACUAUGAACAUCAGUCUGAUAGUGAAGCGGAAGGAGAAACGGGUGAUGAUGCCGCUGAAAGUUCGACGAAACGACCAAAAUCAGCCUUGGUGGCUAUUUCGCGAAUCUCUCAAAAUGAUCGAAAGAGGGAGAGGGAAAACGAACGUGAGAAGGAUCGUGAAAGAGAAAAGGAAAGGGAACGUGAGAAAGAACGGGAAAAAGAAAGAGAAAAAGAAAAAGAGCGUGAAAAGGAAAGAGAGAAAGAAAAAGAGCGUGAAAAGGAAAGGGAGAAAGAAAAAGAACGCGAGAAAGAAAAGGAAAAAGAAAAACAAAGACUUGCUGAAAAGGAAAAAGAUAAAGCAAAGGAAAGAGACAAUCGAAAUAGACGUAACUCCCGUACCAAAUCACGAUCAAAAUCCCGUAGCCGUACUCGUUCAAAGUCAAGAUCUAGAUCGAGAUCGAAUUCGAGACGUCGCCGCUCACCUAUGCGCAAUGAUAGAAGGAUGGUUGGUCGCCGGCAAGGUUUCAAUUCACCUCAGCGCCGUAGAAAUUUCAACUCCUUCAGAAACAAUCCCUUCAACGACCGAAGACGUCGUUCACGCUCAUUGGGUGACCGUUUCCGCAAUCGUUUUCCCCUAUCACCGAUACGGCGUCGUUCUUCUGUAGAUCGUUCACGUGAUCGACGAUCUCGUGAUCGCCGUGACAGGUCACGCAGCCGAACCAAGUCUCGAAGCGGUUCUCCAGCACGACGUGGUCGUGAUAGGCGGGACAAGGAUCGUAAUGAACGUGAUCGUAGUCAUGAUCGUCAACGUAGCCGCAGCCGUAAUCGUAGUCGCGAUCGUCGUCAUUCUAGAUCAAAAUCUCGUUCAGUAAGCCGACAACGUCGAAAUAACAGAUCAUCCUCUAGAUCGCCAAGACGUUCUAGAUCCAACACUGAUCGUCAGACAAGACGUUCGCACGAUCGACAAUCGCCAAAGAAAAGUAUGGAAACUUCAACUUCUGGUGCCAUAUCGGCCCAGUCCGAAAGCAAUACGGAAACUGCAGCUCGCGAAAAACAGCAAAAGCGUGCCGAGGCUUUGCUAAUGUUUAAAGAGCAUAUGCGCAAAGAAAUUGCAAAAGAAGAGGAAAAGAGAGCGGAGAAACAACGCAUAGAGGAUUUGGAAAAAGAGAGAACUGCACGAGAGCUCGAAGAAUUGGAACGGCUAAAGGAGGAGACCCUGAAAAAACUCCAAGAACAUGAAAAACUAAAAGAACUUGGAACAACGACUGAUGCUAAGGCAGGUAGUGAAGAUAAUGAUGAAAAAUCCCGCGAAAAGAAGAAAAAACGUAAGAAAUCCAAGAAACACACACGAUCCUCAGUUUCAGACGCAGAAUGAAUGAACUUAGUUUCCAAUCCCUUCGCCUCGUAUGACAUGGGUAUUAAGCAGAUGUAUACCCCCGUUCCCCGCUUUUUGUUAGAAACUUUGAAUGCAUUUCUUUUGUGUGAAUGUCUAUUUGGAUUGAAUAUGAGAAAUUCCCAUGGGAUAAUUAAUAUGUAUUCUUUGAAUAUUUCAAUUAUUUACAUAACGGUUUUUAAUGAAUAAAUAAAAUGGAAUUUAAAAUUAUUACAAAAGAAAAA